GACUUAUCAGGUGGUUGCUUAGCGGCAUGGAGGAGGAGGAGGAGGAGAAGGGGAAGGAGAGUUAGCAAAAAGUGGGGUGAGACAAAUGUAAUUUGCGUUGUUGAGUCUGACCCUCAGCCCUCUCCUCUGGCAGACCAGCCCAGUCAGUCCUCAGCAGCAGCAGCAGCUCCUCACAGGACAGGGAGCCUACAUGAGCGAGAAAGCAGAAGCUGUCUGAGUUCAGAGAAGAAAAAGUUGUGAGUGUCAGAGUCAGCAUGGCCGGGGGCUCGGUGUCUGAGUGCAAGGAGUACUUGUUCAAAGUGCUGGUCAUCGGGGAAUUAGGCGUCGGGAAAACCAGCAUCAUCAAACGCUACGUGCACCAGCUUUUCUCGCAGCACUACAGGGCGACGAUCGGGGUCGAUUUUGCGCUUAAAGUUAUCAACUGGGACAGCAAGACGCUUGUCAGGUUACAGCUGUGGGAUAUCGCAGGUCAGGAGCGAUUUGGGAACAUGACACGAGUGUACUACAAAGAGGCUGUGGGGGCGUUUGUGGUGUUCGAUGUGACACGGGGCUCCACAUUUGAAGCGGUUGCUAAGUGGAAGCAUGACCUGGACAGCAAGGUGAAGCUAGCUAAUGGCAACCCUAUCCCAUCAGUGCUGCUCGCUAAUAAAUGUGACCAGAAGAAAGACAUCUCCAACAGCACAGCCCUAAUGGACAAUUUCUGCAGAGAGACUGGCUUUCUAGGCUGGUUUGAAACCUCAGCAAAGGAAAACAUAAACGUGGACGAGGCAGCUUGUUUCCUAGUAGAGAACAUCUUGGCUAAUGACAAAGGAUUACCAUACGAGGAGAGCAACGGAGACCGGAUCAAACUGGACCAGGAGACUGUGGCUGCUGAGAGCAAGUCAGGCUGCUGCUAACACUCAGUCCGUUCACAUUAGGCAUCCGCCUCCCUUUGGCAGGGUCCAACCCGCUCACCCGGCCUGUGGCUCCUAGCCCUCUGCUGCAGCCUCUCAGAGGAAUAUGAAUUGUUUUGGGUCUCCAAAGCUCCAGGAUCUCCUCCUCCACUCUGCACUGAUGCCCAUUUGAUUGAAGUUUGUCACUGUAGCUUUCCCUAGGCCAGAAUAAAACAACAAUUUUAUCUUGAUGUUUAUGUCAGCCCCCUUAGCUUUCUCCUCCAUGUUCACACUUCUAAACCACAGGAUCUUUAUUAUUGUGUUUUUUCAUUAUAGAUUUCUGCAUUCAAUACCAGCUGUAAGCCCCAUCCAGCCCCCCACACUUGAACCCUGCCGGUCUCCCCUUUGCCCUGGACUAAACCAUUCCUAAAAAAAGGGUGCAGGUUGUACAACAAAGUAGAAAACUACCUGUAUCCUCUGUCAGUUUGAUCAACUCUCUCGUAAUGUCCUUUAUAUUCAAAGUUAUCUGUAAAACAAAACACUUCCUUGUUCAGUGUUUCUAUAAUAUUUCUUCCGUUACCAUACUUUAUGCCCCUUAAACAACUUUUUCACUGCACUCAUAUGUCUGUGUCCCUGCUGUUCUUUAGACUUCUAUUUAAAAUGAAGACACAAGUUGAACAUUAUUAUUGCGUCUGUCUUUAUGCCAUAUUUUCUUAAUGUGCCAUGAUGCCAUGAUUUUUUGUAAUGUUGAUUAGAGGGGAACACUUGUUGUUGUUUUCUCAGACAUUUACAAGAACACAGUAUUUCAGGAAGAAACAUUGUAUUAACAGUACUUUGUAUGGCACUGAAAAAAACUUUGUUCCAUUGUCAUUGCACCAGUAUGAAAAUGUAGAUCUUAUUUACAGUGUGUGUUUUUUUUUUAUAAUGUGUUGGGGCAUGCAUCAUACAACCUGUGGGAUGUCAUAAAAACAGAAUCCUAAAGAGGACUACACUCUUGUACAUAAAGAACGUAACCUGUUGAAGUGUUCAGAUUAAAUAUGAAGGAUUUUUUAAAACAUGGAGUUAAGAUUGAGUUUACAUGUGGAAUUACUUUAAAUCUUCAAGACCAAAAUAGAAUAAACAUUUUAACAGAU